UGACGACUGGAUAGGAGUCAUUCCGCGUCGUAUACGACUGUUAUCUGAAAAGUAUGAAAUGCCGGUUCCACGUUCCGUCUUCAUGUCAUCUGAACGUCAAGCAAAGUGUCGUACACUAUUCAAUGACUAUCUAGCUGGAGCGAUGCAUCGUUUACAAAAUAUGUUCAAAGAAACCCAACGAAUCAUCUCAGGAAACAGGGACCAACUCGAAAGUCGUGGUGAAGUUAGCGAAGAGAGGCAAGAACGGGCGGAGCAUUUAAUGUCAGCCUGUCGUAAAUUUCAUGAGUCCUUAAGUACUUUAGCUGAUCUUUUGGACGCAGAUCCACCACUUGAUUUUUCAUCUAUGAUAAAAGAUGAAUCUAUGUCAGACUUGACCGCACCUGAUUCAGUCGAAAAAGUUAUUCAUGAAGAGGUUAAUCUGUUUGAAGAUGAAGAUACACGUUUAUUUUACGAAAGUCUACCUGAUAUCAAAGCAAUGGUACCUGCGAUCCUUUAUAAAGAAAGUGAACAAGCUGGUGUAGAAUCAAAUCAGUUAAAGAAUGAGGAUGGAGAUCCUGCCGGAAGUGAAGAUAUUGAUAUUGACACCGUUGAAUCAGAAUUAGCUAAAGAAGAAGCAUUAAUUCGAGUAUCAGAAGAUGGUAAUGAAUCAACUAAUUGCACAUCUAUACCUGAUAAAUCAAAACCAUAUCUGUUAAAUACCGAUGAUGGUGAAGAAGAUCUAAAUCCUUCGGGGAAAGUUCUCAUGGAAACGUUUUUAACCCAAUUACCAAACUGCAUUAAUCGGGAUCUCAUCGAUCGAGCAGCUAUCGACUUUUGUUUGAAUUUAAAUAAACGGGCAAAUCGUCGACGGCUUGCUAAAGCUUUAUUUAGUGUUCCAAGAACGCGUUAUGAUUUAUUACCAUUUUAUGCGCGCCUUGUGGCUUCAUUAGCCCCAGUGAUGCCUGACUUGGUACAAGAUAUCAAUUCUAUGCUUACUGCAGAAUUCCGUUGGCGUCUAUCUAAACGAGAUCAAUUAAAUAUCGAAUCCAAAUUGAAAGUGGUUCGAUUUAUUGGGGAACUUGUCAAAUUUAAGAUUUAUCCAGCUCAUCAAGCUUUGACUUGUUUAAAACAACUUCUUCCUCAAUUUGUACACCAUAACAUCGAUAUGGCCUGUGCUUUAUUGGAUACUUGUGGGCGUUUUCUUUAUCGUUUACCUAUAUCACAUAAACGUACAAAAGUUUAUUUGGAAAUAAUGCUUAGAAAAAAAGUUGCUUUACAUAUGGAUCAGCGUUAUUCUAUUAUGAUUGAAAAUACAUAUUAUUAUUGUAAUCCACCACCGUCCAAUCGCCAGAUUGUCGAACCUGUGAAGUUGACACCUCAAAUGAUGUUUAUACGUCAUAUUUUGCUAACGAAAUUGGACCGAACUACCGUUAAUACUACUUUACGGCUAAUUCGAAAAAUGGAUUGGGAUGAUCAAGAA